AUGCGCAGUAACACCGACACCGCCCGUGAAUCCCGAUGACAAGGCAGCGCCAGGAAGAGGCGGGGCGUUGCGUCGCAGGGAAGGGGUCCCAUCGGCGCGCGGGUGCGCACGUCACGUGACGGUCUGGCGGGCUCUUCCGAAUCUGCUAGUGGAGUCGAGCCGACGGGGAGAGCCAACGGGCCGGGGCGGGGAGCCGGGCCAGCUCCGCGGGACAGGAGCCGCCGCCGCCGCGGGGGAAGUUGUAUCUAAUAUUUGGUGCAAUGGCCAUGCAAAUGCAAUAUGAAGCAAAUGCAGAGACAUCAACUGAGGAAGAGAGCUUGGGUCCACAGCCCAUAUCUAGGCUAGAGCAAUGUGGUAUAAAUGCAAAUGAUGUGAAGAAGUUGGAAGAAGCUGGAUUUCACACAGUUGAGGCUGUUGCUUAUGCACCAAAGAAGGAGCUACUAAAUAUUAAAGGCAUCAGUGAAGCCAAAGCUGACAAAAUCUUGGCAGAAGCAGCUAAACUGAUUCCAAUGGGUUUCACCACAGCAACAGAGUUCCAUCAGCGGAGGUCUGAGAUCAUCCAGAUCACCACUGGAUCCAAAGAACUUGAUAAACUGCUUCAAGGGGGAAUAGAAACAGGGUCCAUAACUGAGAUGUUUGGGGAAUUCCGAACUGGGAAGACACAGUUGUGUCACACUCUGGCAGUAACCUGUCAACUUCCCAUUGACCGAGGUGGUGGCGAAGGAAAGGCCAUGUACAUCGACACAGAGGGUACCUUCCGCCCAGAACGUCUGCUUGCUGUGGCUGAAAGGUAUGGCUUAUCUGGCAGUGAUGUCCUUGAUAAUGUGGCAUAUGCUCGAGCAUAUAACACAGACCAUCAGACCCAGCUCCUGUAUCAGGCAUCUGCUAUGAUGGCUGAAUCAAGGUAUGCAUUGCUGAUAGUGGACAGCGCCACAGCCCUAUAUAGGACUGAUUACUCUGGCAGGGGUGAGCUGUCAGCCAGGCAGAUGCAUUUGGCCAGAUUUUUGCGUAUGCUACUUCGACUUGCAGAUGAGUUUGGUGUGGCAGUUGUGAUCACUAACCAGGUGGUAGCACAGGUAGAUGGAGCUGCCAUGUUUGCUGCAGAUCCCAAAAAGCCUAUUGGAGGGAACAUCAUAGCACAUGCCUCAACCACAAGGCUCUAUCUGAGAAAAGGCCGAGGUGAAACCAGAAUAUGCAAAAUUUAUGACUCUCCUUGCCUUCCUGAGGCUGAAGCUAUGUUUGCUAUUAAUGCUGAUGGAGUGGGAGAUGCUAAAGACUGAGGAGUCCAUUCCAUUUCACUUGUAACAGCAUGAGGCUGUUGACCAAAGGAGGCUGCCUUCUCUAUAGGGCCAACUUUUACAUAUACUCUCCUACUGCAGCCACUGGAAAGGCUGCUUGAAGAAUCUAUCACAUUUGUGUGACUACACAGAUAUGUUUGGGACACAUCAGGAGCAGCUAGUGCUGGUUGGAGGAGUUUUUCUCUUGGGGAUAUAGCUGCACGUUAAUCUAACAUGGUUUCUUUAGAACACCUGAGAGGGCCAUAAUUCCCCCGACAACUGUUGCUACAGUUGGAUGCUGCCAAUGGGGGUAGCACAGUAGUGUUUUUACUGCACGUGGCAACAAUUUGUAAUUUUUUUUGUGAAUUCUGUGCAAGGUUAUUGGGUUUGUCAAAUGGGAGGAGUGAUAACUUAAACAUUUUCCCAGUCAUUUGAAUGAUUAAUUGAAAAAUAAAACAGACUAGUGUUACAAGAUACAGGUACAAGAAUAACCGCUGCAUCAUGUAGCUCCAAUGAAGACCACAACAUACUAAUUCCAUUCUUUUGGCUGUUGAAAACAUCCUCUGUUUUUGAAUUUGCAUUUGUGUGGAUUUCUUUUGUAUCUCAAUAGCACUGAAUGAGCAUCUGUUUUUAAUAAAGGAGUCAUGAAAUAUUGGUUAUAUUAGUGGUUUCUGGGAUUUAGACAGCCACCAGUUCAGACUACUGCGUUUUGUGCUGACCCAAUGAGUAGAAAGUACAUUAGUCUGCACUGGUGCCGCUAAUUCCCAGAACCUGUAUUACUAACUCCAACUUUUCUUUGUAGGUUCCUUUGCACAGCCACAGCGAUAAAAAAGUGUAGGGUCUCCAUGUCUGCUUGAAACAGCUAAGCAUACUGUAGAGCCCUUUUGGGAGUGCUUUUGAGAUUAAUUCUUAGCCAUGUAAAUAAUCCUUUUACACAAGGGGUAAUUGUGAUUUAGGAUUGAUUGAUUAAAGUUAGUCAUAAUGGUAAUGGUUGGCAGUGAAAAU